AUGGCAACUGUCACUGCUUCAAGCUUUGCCUCAACAAGUUCCCAUGUCAGCUAUGGCGCUGUAUCUUCUGUAUCAGAGCCUAAAACGGGAUAUAAGAAAAUGGGUUUUGGAAAACAGGCCAUGACUCACAAUGGGUUAAGAGCUUUGAACACAGUGGACGAGCUCCGCGUCAAAAUCAUGGGAAAUUCAAUUGCAAGGCAAGCAAGGAGCAAAUCUUUCAACAGUACUGGGACUGGUUCAAGACCGGCAGCAACCAUUGUUUGUGGAAGUGGGAUGAAUUUAGUGUUUCUGGGAACAGAAGUUGGCCCAUGGAGCAAAACUGGUGGACUUGGAGACGUUCUUGGAGGCCUGCCACCAGCUAUGGCAGCAAAUGGCCAUCGAGUGAUGACUGUUUCUCCGCGAUACGACCAGUACAAAGAUGCAUGGGAUACAGAAGUUACAAUUGAGGUUAAGGUGGGAGAAAAAACUGAAAAGGUUCGCUUCUUUCAUUGCUACAAAAGAGGAGUUGAUCGUGUGUUUGUGGAUCACCCACUGUUUCUUGAAAAGGUUUGGGGAAAAACUGCAUCCAAAAUCUACGGACCCAUUACUGGAGAGGAUUUCAAGGACAACCAACUUAGAUUCAGCCUGCUAUGCCAGGCAGCUCUAGAAGCACCAAGAGUUCUGAACCUUAACAGCAGCAAAUAUUUUUCGGGACCGUAUGGAGAAGAAGUCGUUUUCAUUGCCAACGAUUGGCACACUGCCCUCCUCCCAUGCUACCUGAAAGCCAUAUACCAACCUAAAGGCAUAUACAAGAGUGCUAAAGUAGCCUUUUGCAUUCACAACAUUGCUUACCAAGGCAGAUUCGCAUUCGCGGACUUCGCACUUCUCAAUCUACCAGAUGAAUUCAAAAGCUCCUUUGAUUUCAUUGAUGGCUAUGACAAGCCAGUGAAGGGGAGGAAAAUUAACUGGAUGAAAGCUGGAAUUUUAGAAUCAGACAAGGUCUUGACUGUUAGCCCAUAUUAUGCUGAAGAACUAGUUUCUACAGUUGAAAAAGGAGUCGAAUUGGACAACAUUAUUCGGAAAGCUGGAAUUCUUGGAAUUGUGAAUGGCAUGGACGUCCAGGAGUGGAAUCCAUUAACUGACAAGUAUACAGCUGCCAAAUAUGAUGCUUCAACUGUGACUGAUGCAAAGCCUCUGUUGAAAGAAGCCCUCCAAGCAGAAGUGGGAUUGCCAGUGGACAGAGACAUCCCUGUCAUAGGUUUCAUUGGUAGGCUUGAAGAGCAGAAAGGUUCAGAUAUUCUGAUAGAAGCCAUUCCCCAUUUUAUCAAAGAGAAUGUUCAGAUCAUAGUCCUCGGGACUGGCAAAAAGCCGAUGGAGAAGCAGCUUGAACAGUUGGAGAUAAAAUACCCUGACAAAGCCCGGGGAGUAGCAAAAUUCAAUGUUCCUCUGGCCCAUAUGAUAACAGCCGGAGCUGAUUUUAUGUUGGUUCCAAGCAGAUUUGAGCCUUGCGGUCUCAUUCAAUUGCAUGCCAUGCGUUACGGAACUGUGCCAAUUGUUGCCUCAACUGGUGGGUUGGUAGACACUGUUAAAGAAGGAUUCACUGGAUUUCAAAUGGGAGGUUUCAAUGUGGAAUGUGAAGUUGUUGAUCCUGCGGAUGUGCAAGCGAUUGCAACUACCGUCACAAGAGCCCUUGGAACUUAUGGAACCCCAGCUUUUACUGAGAUCAUAGGCAACUGCAUGGCUCAAGAUUUAUCAUGGAAGGGGCCUGCCAAGAAGUGGGAGGAAGUGCUGCUAAAUUUGGGUGUUGCUGACAGCGAACCCGGGAUCGAUGGUGAGGAAAUUGCACCACUCGCCAAGGAAAACAUCGCAACGCCAUGA